UGAAGCAGUGAUCCUGGGUCCGUCCAUCGGCCGGUAUAAAAGGUGCAGCUACUGAGUUGGUUCUCCAGAAACAGCGCGUACACGCAUCCAAGAAACACCUGAGGGACUGUUGAAGCUCUGCUAGCAAGCGUGCGAUGGCACCUCCUCCCCACGAGAACGAGAUGAGCAGGUCGGGCUCGUCGGAGUCGGCACCGGCCACGGCGGUGAAGACGGUGGACGUGCAAACGGCGGAGACACCGGCCGUGGGGGUGACGACGGUGGACGUGCAGACGGCGGCGACACCGGCCGUGGGAGUGACGACGGUGGACGUGCAGACGGCGGCGAGGGAGCUCCAGGAGCAGCAGGGCGGCAUGGCGUACCUGGACGUGAGGACGGAGGAGGAGAUGGGGAAGGGCCACGUCGUCGGCGGCUCCCUCAACGUCCCCUACUUCUUCGUCACACCACAAGGGACCCGGGAGAAGAACCCACGGUUCGUGGAGCAGGUCGCCUCGCUCUUCACCACAGACCAACACAUACUUAUCGGGUGUCAGAGCGGCAAGAGGUCCGAGCUGGCCUGCGUCGAUCUCCUAGCAGCAUAUGUGUCGGAUGGUAUGCAGGGGUUCAUGAAUGUGAAGAACGUGGGAGGCGGCUACGCUGCGUGGCUGCAGAGCGGACUCCCAGUGACAGUAGCAGUGCCCACGCCUGAAUCUGCUGCUGAAAUCUGAAUCAACCAGUACCAACUGUAGCAUCUAUCAGUUCUUCAACCACCAGUGCUGUGUUGUGCUCUGCCAGUGCAACGCAUCUAGGAAUGCGAGUCCAAGGGAAUGAUUGGAUGGAUGGAUGGCUGUAAUUAAUAAUAACACGCAUCAGUGUGCCUGCCACGGUAAGCUGCUCAUCCUAGAGCAUAACUAUUAUUGUGUUCUCACGCGUCGUUUUUAUAUAUGGUCCUCCAAUC